UUAUCGACGUGUCAUUGAAUGGGCGAGGAAAUAGUUUAAGUUCUCAGCACUUCCGCGAUAAGAUUUAUGAACGGCACGAAAUAACUCCCGCAGUUUCUUGCGAUUCAUCAUCGGCCGUUGUCGUUGGAAAGAGUGCUGUGCAGCAGAACGAUGCUGCAAUCAAGCUAACGUUUCUUUCUUACCAGGAAAAUAAAAACGGAAAAACAAAUUUUAUUCGAUUAUGAGAAACAAAAAUGACCAUGUGCGACGGAAAUUCUGGGUUACAAAUCAUAAAGAUGGAUAUUUAGUGCCUUAGUGUAAUGGAUAAUUUUAUGUUGAGUUCUUUCAAAAGUUUCUUUACUGAUGACUUAAAAGACUUCAGCAUUUAGCAGAUUGGACUAUGAAAAUAUUGGCUUGAACAGGAGAUGACACGAGGAAAUUGCAACGCCACAGAUAAUUCCAUUAUCCCUAUCGUGUUUAAUUAAAUUUACCUACCAAUAAUAUUGCAAAAUGGAUUACGCCCUUUUACGACAAGUUCUCGUUGGACUUGUGUGCAACCUUCUUAUCAUGGACAGUGGUUUCCACGAAGGUUGGAGCACACCAAUGCUUCCGAAACUAGAGAAGGAUGACCCCCUGAAAAUUGAAAAACACGAGAGUGGAUGGCUCAUCAAUUUCCUUUACGUAGGGGUUGGUGUGGGAUCCUUGUUCCCUUUGUUCCUGAUGGACAGGAUAGGCAGAAAGGGUACCCUUUUAGCAGCUUCAGUGCCCAAAAUCUGCAGCUGGAUACUCUUAGGUUUAGCUACAAAUAUAAAGACAAUCUAUAUAGGGAGACUUUUCGCGGGUGUCGGUUGUGGUGUCACAUACUCAGUGGCACCUAUCUACCUUGGAGAGAUCACCAGCAAACGAACAAGAGGACCUUUAACUACAAUGAUGGCUGUGUUGAUCAACAUUGGUAUGCUCAUCAUUUAUGCGAUAGGUCUCUAUUUUUCAAGAUUCACAUCAUCCAUGAUGGUGAUUUUCGUUCCCAUCAUUUUCCUUCUUUCUUUCAUCUGGUUGCCCGAAACAGCCGUUUAUCUCACAAGAAAAAAUCGACUAACUAGUGCAGAGAGAACACUUCAGUGGGCACUCAACCAAAAAAAUGUUGAUCAAGAAAUGGAGGAAAUAAAGAGGAUAGUUCACAGUGAAAUGGAGGAUGAUAUUAGCUUUCUAGAAUCACUGAAGGAUGUUUUCAGAAAACCAGAGUGCAGAAGAGCCUUCGGUGUGGUUAUCAUUCUCAUGAGUGCCUUGACUUUGAGUGGAGCUGCGCCAAUUUUAGCAUAUCAAGCUGAUACCUUCAAAAAAAUUGGUUAUGAGGUUUCAGUGGAUAUUAUUAUAGUAAUUUCCGGCUUUGCGUUAGUUUUAGCUGGGUGCAUCUGUGUGGCAACUGUAAAGGUUGCAGGAAAAAGAAAAUUGCUUAUGAUUUCUGCUCCAGUCGCUGCUUCUUCUUUGGCAACGGUGGCCAUGUUUUUCACUUUGCAGGAACAAGGAUACGAUCUUUCGGGUGUUAGCUGGAUUCCUAUAUGUGGCAUUGUCAUCUAUGUGGUUUCCUAUGGACUAGCAUUGAAUCCUGUGCCAAUUGCUUAUAUCGGAGAAAUAUUUCCAAAUGAGGUCAAGGUCCCUGCAGCCAUUUUCUGCGCAUUAUAUUAUGCUGUUGCCUCUGUUGUGGUGGUAGAAUUCUAUCAGAUAAUAGAAAAAUCCUACGGGACAUACUUGGCAUUCUGGAGUUUUUCUGUAAUAACCUGGUUCGUGACGUACCUCAUUUAUUUGUACGUACCUGAAACUGAAGGGAAGAGUCUCGAGGAAAUUCAAACAGAGUUAAAAGGGAAAGAAGCUACGUGGGAAAUAAGUGAUUUGAAAGUCUAUUCAUAAUAUAUUAAUCUCUAUUCUCGUAAAAAUGUUCAUCCAGGGUAAAGGGUGCUCAUCCGACGGAAAAAUCGAACUUGUUAAUUUCCCAAACUGAUCGAAUAAUCAGUGAUAAAGAGACUAUACAUUUAACAAGAUAUUUCAUCAAUUAUCUGUCAUAUACCGCUGAUCAGAUUAAUUAAAGCAUCUGUUAAAUUCGUUCAAUUUAUGAAUGAAUGAAUGAAAUUAUUAUUUCUUCAAUCAGAGUGGCCGGAAAACAUAUUUUUUGUAAUUCAAUGACGUUGCCCCGACUUUUCCUUCAACAAUUCUUCAUAUAACCUGGCAAUUAGUAUUUAAAGAACCAAAUUUUAGUCUUUUCAAAUUUCUAAUAUAGAAUCUUCUAUAAAUGGAAUUAAGCAAUUUUUAAUUGAAAAUGAAUUUUUAAUUUAUUAUUCUCAGGUCUGGCACAGUAUAAUUUUGAAUUUAAAAAGAUUCAAAUCUCAAGGCCAAAACAAUUGAAGUCAAAUUUGAAAGACUUCAAAUAAAUUGACAAUAAUUGAAAUAAAUGUGAUUGAUUUCAGUAAAAUUCUAGAAAAUUUAGAGGAACUUAAUGGAAAUUAGUAGAAUUGAAUAACAUUAAUAAAAAGUUUAGGUGGAUUUAAGCUAAUAAAAAAAAUCAAUCAUUGAAUUCAGUAAGUUUCAAAUAAGUCUAGAAAAAUUCAAUUCAAAUUAAAAGAUUUUGAUGAAACAACUCAGAAUUUAAUUUGUAUUUCAAAAACUUCAAGAUAAAUAAAACAAAAACUAAAACGAAAAUUCGAAAAAUUAAUAAGAAUUAAGACUGACUCCAAUGAAUUGACAUAAAUUGCAAGUAGAAAUAUUUCCAACACACUUUAAAAACUUUUACUUCUUGUAAAUACAUCCUAUGAAAUCCUUAAAAAUAGUAUCAAAUCGCGUGGAAUUCUAUAAAACAUGGUUUUAUUUCCUGAUAUCCUGAAAUUUUUAUGAAAAAUUCCUUUAAGACAAUUUUUAGCCAUUUUUAGCGCCAUUCAAAUGAUAGAAAAUUGAUUGAAAUUUAAAAAUACUUUAAAAUAUCCAAAAAUAUUAAAAAUUCUUUUCAUUUUUUGAAAAUCUGUUAAAACUUUUUAUAGCUCUUGGCAAUUCCUUGGAUUUAUUGAAAUAGCAGUAAAAUCUUUAACAUGCUUUGAAAUCCCUUCGAAUGAUUGAAAUCUUUUAAAUAUGCCUUAAGUUAUCUCAAACCCUUUAAAAUCUUUAAAAUAUCCUAAAAUUCUUUCAAACAUUUUGUAAUACUUCAAAAUAUUUCAAAUCGUAAGAAAUCCUCUAAUGCUUGUAAAUAAUUUUUUUUCUAAUUCAUCUAAAAUCUGAACAAUUUACUAAAAUACCUUAAGGUCUUUGAAAAUCCCUUAAAAUGUUUGAAAUCCUGCGAAAUCUUAUAAAAUCCUGUAAAAUCGUUAAACGUGUUCCGAAAUUCUUUAAAGAACCAUAGCAAAUCCUUUAAAUCCCUCAGAAUUAUUCAAAUCCUUGGAAAAUUCCUUAAAAUACUUUGAACAUCCUAAAAAUACCUUAUAAUCUUUAAACUAUCCUAAGAUACUCAAAAAUUUUAAAAAUCUUUCUAAAUCCUUUAAAAUUAUUUAAAUCUAUCAAAAAUUACUUAGAUUAUUUUUAAAUAUUCAAAAAUCUUUAAAAUGAUUUAAAAUAACUUAAAAUAUUUAAAAAUCUUCAAAAUCCCUAAAUUCUUGCGAAAGAGUUUUUUCGAAAUCCUAUUAAAAAAUAUAAAAUCCUGCAAAAUAACGUGAAACCGAAUAUCUUCUGAAAUGUAGGGAAAUUUAUUUAAAAACUUUGAUAACUUUUAAAACCCCUUACAGUCAUUGUAAUCCUCGGAAAUAUUAUGAAAGUCGUUUGAAUUAUUCAAAAUACCCUGGAACGUUAUAAGUUCUAUAAAAUCGUCCCAUAUCUUACGAAAAUUAAGAAAAUGCUUUAAAACCCUAUGGAAAAUUUUCAAUUCCUUUAAAAUAAUUUAAAAUCCGUCGAAAUUUGUUUAAAAAAAUUGCAGCCGCUUAAAUAUUUUUGGACUCUUUCAAAAUAUCAUUAGAAUAUUCUAAUUCUCUGAAAUACCAUUAAAUUACUUACGUUUUUUUUUCAAUAUUUUCAAAUACCACAAUAUAUUUCAAUUAGUUAAAAAUAGUUUUGAAUCCCUUUGACCUGUUAUGCUCUUGGAAAUUCCUUGCAUUUUUUUAAGUAUCCUCACAUUUGUAUAUUCCCUUGAACCUUUUUAGAGUUCUUGAUAGUUCCUUGAAAUUUGUCAAAAUACCUUAAAAUCUUUUAAAUUCUUUAGAAUUCCUUUAAAGUGUUGACAGAUUUUUGAAUAUUCUUUAGAUAAAAAAAACCUACAAUAUUAUUUAAAAAUUCAGAAAUAUGUAUUGACCUGAAUUCAAUAAGUGCUUAACUGAUGGCUUAAUUAAUCGAAAGAAAAGUAACUAAAUUGGUAAUUUCAAUUUAAAAAGUUUCUGUAGUUCCUUUAUCUUAAAAACUCACAAAAAAGUGAUUAGGAAAAAAGUGACUGAAAUUGAAUGUGUGGCAGUCCUGAUUAUUCUUGACAGUUAAAAAAAUAUAUUUUUUACAUAAAUUUCCUGACCUUUAACAUUUUUUCUAAAUCUCUGAAUUUGCCUAGCCAACAAAAGUGCCUUAUUUUCCCUGGCGUCCAGGUUUUCCCUGAUCUGUGGCGACCCUGAAAUUAAUAUAUAUCUGUGUAAUUACGUUUAAACUUUUAUAGUGAUAUUAAUUUUAAAUGUAUAG